CAAUCCGUCCGUCAAUUCGUGACCGAAAUUACGAAACGGGAGACAAAAGUAGAUAUACUUAUAAACAAUGCGGGCAUCACUUUCACUCCCGAAUGGGCCACCGCUGACGGGUUUGAGAUGGCUUUCGGGACCAACCAUUUGGGUCACUAUCUGUUAACUCUAUCGCUGUUACCACUUAUGAAACAGUCUGUUGGCACCGGACGGCCGGCCCGUGUUGUGCACGUGUCGUCAGGUCUGCACAAAUCGGGAAAAAUACACGUUGAAAAUAUAAAUCUCCGGAACGGCGCAUACGAGCCCGAAAAGGCGUACGCCCAGAGCAAACUGGCCAACGUGUUGUUCACCAGGGAGUUGGCCCGUAGACUGGGCCCCGAGCGCGGGGUUAAUACGUAUUCACUACAUCCCGGUGCUGUCCAAACGGAAAACGUCCGAUAUAUGAAGUUUGUGCAGAAGUUUGUGGUGACUAUAAUGAUGAAAGUGGUUGGCAUUGAUGUGGUAAAGGGCUGCCAAACGUCGCUGUACUGCGCCCUCGACGAGGGGUUGGAUAACGAGUCGGGCUUUUAUUAUGACAAUUGUCGACGAGUGGAUGAUAUGGUGUCGACGGCUACUGACGACAACUGUGCGAAACAGUUGUGGCAAUUGAGCGAAGAGUUGGUCCGACUUGAAGAUCACCUCAAACUACACGACAAUACUUUUGGCAAUUAA